AUGCCUCCCCAGAUAUAUCAUCACAAACCUGCCCGGCCACACCACAGCAGCUUAACUAUACCCUGCGAGAAUUCUCAGUGCAACCGCUGGUUUCGCAGUCUCUCCGGUUUGAAAAAACAUGUGCGCUCUUGUCAUGUCAGUGCCCCCAGCCGUCCACUUCCUCCUGAGCACCCAGCACUUUCACCACCAGCUGAAAAUGAACUAGAAAGCAACUUCGAACCAUUUGACGGACAGGAUGAGCAAGAAAAUCCGCUAUUCAAUGAGCCAUUAGAAGAUCAGGCUCAAUGUGAGAUUGAAUACUAUCCUUUUCUAGAUGGACGGCCUUGUGAUGAAAACGCGAACUUUCUACCUCCUGGAGCAAAACCUGUACUACCCGAAACCCCGUCAACCAAUGAUUGGUCCCCAUACCGGGAUUGUGUACAGAUGUCUGGGGGAGAUAUUAAUGCCCUUGUAGAUCUGUGGAGGGCCUCGUUCAUCAAAAAUGGUCUGGCUGAUGAAGAUGUCCCUUUUGCAAACAAGGACGACUUGUACCGAGUAAUUGACUCGACUUCCAGCAGUGACGUGCCAUGGGAGUCUUUCUCUCUCUCAUAUAAUGGCGAGCUUCCCAAAGAAGACCCCCCAGAGUGGAUGAAACAGGAAUUUGAUGUUUGGUUUAGGAAAUAUAAAGACUUCAUGUCAGGGGAGUGGGCCUGGAAGCAGGCCAACAAGAUCUCCGUGGAUCCAACAACCCAUGGCUCAUCAUUCGUGCCUGUUAUUCUAGGCAGCGAUAAGACCACAGUGUCAGUUGCGACAGGCCAAAAUGAAUAUUAUCCAGUGUAUAUAUCCAUUGGAAACAUUCACAAUAAUGUCCGACGAGCACACAGGAAUGCUGUUGCAUUGCUGGGCUUUCUGGCCAUUCCAAAGACUGAGAAGAAGUAUGCAAAUGACAUCAAGUUUCGCAAGUUUCACCGACAGUUAUUCCACACCUCCCUGGCUCGCAUUCUUCAAGAUCUCAAACCCGGGAUGCUAGUUCCGGAGGCUCUUCUUGCAUGUAUAGUUCAAGGGUGGUGUCCUCGCUGUAUUGCCUGGCCUAACAAUCUUGAUGGCAGAGGUGGUCGGCGCUCAGAAGAUCACACAGAGGUUCUUGCAAACUUCCUCAGUCCAGUGGUUUUGUGGGACCAAUAUGGUAUUGUUAGCGACAUAGUACCAUUCACACAUGAUUUCCCUCGUGCCAACAUACAUGAAAUUCUGGCUCCUGAUCUUCUUCACCAAGUCAUCAAAGGUACUUUUAAGGAUCACCUUGUGACUUGGGUAGAAGAUUACCUCCAUCUAACAUAUAGCAAGAAGCGGGCUGACGAGAUUUCAGAUGACAUUGACCGACGGAUUGCAGCAGUUCCCUCGUUUCCUGGCCUUCGACGAUUUCCUCAAGGCCGGCAUGUCCCCCCAGACAUAAUAUGUACAUUCCAGGCUUUUCUUGACUUCUGUUACUUGGUACGGCACGAUACUCACAGUGACAGCACCAUCCAGAAAGUGCAAGAUGCCGUCAAGGAUUUCCACCACAGCCGCACCAUUUUUGAGACACUAGGUGUCCGACCAACAGGGUUCUCUCUCCCACAACAGCAUUCACUACAACAUUAUCCAUGGCUCAUUCGAAUGUUUGGGUCUCCAAACAGCCUCUGUUUGUCAAUAACGGAAUCACGACACAUUACGGCUGUAAAAGAAGCAUGGCGCCGGUCAAGCAGAUUUGAAGCACUUGGUCAGAUGUUGCUGAUCAACCAGAGGCUCGACAAACUUGCGGUCUCUAGGGUGGACUUUACAGCCCGUGGGAUGCUUUCAGGCAGUAUCCUAGACUAUGUAAAGAAUUAUCACAAUGAUGCAAUGGAGGCUACAAGAGCUCUGGAUACAAGAGCGGAGCACCACAAUACCGAAGACAACAACAACGGGGAUAGUGGGCCGGUCCCAGGUCCAUUGACACCUGGCUAUGUCAAACCAUCGGUUCGCCGUUUGCGUCAAUAUUCAACAAACUGCCACAAACUCAGUGUGCAGCUCAACCAACCCUGCCUUGUUGAGUUACUCCGGCGCUUCCUUUACAGCCAAGCGCACAUGAACGACCAUGAUGCACCCUCAGCCUUUAAUAUACCCCUGCACCAAUGCCCCAUGUUCAAUUCGAGGGUAGUUGCAACGCACUCGGCAGUUGCAUAUUUCUAUGCGCCAAGCGACUGCAGUGGAAUCGGUGGUAUGCGCCGAGAAACAAUUCGUGCCACGCCUUUGUGGCGAAAGCAUGCGGCUCAUUACAACUGUGCUUUUGUCGAGCGCGAUCCUUCAAUUCCAGGAAUCCGAGGACUCGAUGUCUGGUUCUCUCAUAUUCUGGAUGAGCCUGAUGAACUCACUGGGUUGUGGAAGGUCCAGCCUGAUACAAAUGACGAUGGAUCACCCAGUCUCGAAAUUAUUCAUUUAGACUGUAUCUUUCGUAGUGCACAUCUCAUGCCUGUAUUCGGCGAUUAUGGUCAUCGGUUCAUCCCAUCUGACAUUGAUUUCACUAACUCACUAGAUAAAUUUCCUACGUUCUACAUUAAUAAAUAUAUAGACCAUCAUGCCUUCGGACUUAGCCAAGGAUGAUUCAUAACUUGUCAAACUUGAUUUUAUACUUCAUGUACUUGGACCACGCUUGGAUAACACUUUG